AUGGCUGCAAUACUCCGCCGGUUCACCCUACCGAUAGCAGCGGCAGCAUUCCUCCUGCUCGUUGCAGCCGCCACCACCGAAGCAUCCUCUAUCCGCCGCACCACUGUGAUUAUCGACCAGCAGAACCAAGGCAGAGGUGGCGGCAGUGGAACUGGUGAGGAGGGCGGUGGCCGGAGGUGCAGGGAACAGUUUUUGGAGCAAGGCAAUCUCUGGCACUGCCAGAGCUUCAUGGCGGAGCACACGAAGCAAGGCGGCGGGACCAAGCACUUGAAGAGCUGUUGCAAGCAGCUGAAGAAGAUGGACAUGGAGUGCACUUGCAGGGGGCUGGAGCUUUCCAUCCGCCAGAUGGAGGCCGCGGCGAAGCAAGGCGAGAUGCAAGGGGAAGAUAUGAAGCUCAUAUGGCGGAUCGCGAGUAACCUCCCCGGCGCUUGCAAGACUUCCCCUGCCACCUGCGACGAGUUCUCCGGCCACGGCGGCGGUGGCAGCCUAUAUCCCGCUCUUGAAACAUUUCUGUAA